AUGUUUUUAAUUUGGCCGUACGUGAAGGGGAAACAAACGAACAAAGUACACGAGCGUAGAAAAUUUCUGAAAGAGGCCACGUUGCUUAAAGCCGUUGUGGUCCAGCGAGCAGAAGAAAUUUCUGCAGCAGCACAAGACCAGGUCCGAAACUUACAGCAAAGCGGCGGCCACCAUGAAGAAACAGAGGAAGAAGUCGAGGGGCGCGAGCAAGAGUGGACUGGCCAUGGACAAAGAGCUGAAGAAUAUGCAGAUUCUCGAGGAAGAGAAGUCCAAGCUGGACGCCUUUUGUGA